AUGACGCGGGGUCAAGGACGCCCGCUGUGGUCGACGAACGCGGCCCUCGUCGCCGUCGCCGUGCUUGUUGUCGCAGCCGCAUCCUGCGCUAGCGCGGCGGACCCGGAAAUUAUCCAGUUGCCGAGCGGCACGUGGAGCAUGAGCACGGUGGACACGAGCGACAAGAACGCGGGGAUGGCCAACGACGUGGAGAACGAGGGGCGCGGGUACCUGCACUACAUGGCCACGGCCGUCAACAAGGGCCUCCACCUCGCGCAGGCCGCCGAGUCCAUCCGCGAUGUCAACGAAACAGCCGCCGCCGCCAUCCAGAGCGCCGCCGCACUUCCCGCGGAUCAGCAGGCCUCGGCUGGUCAGGCCGACGUGUACACGUCGAAUAUGGGGCAGUACCUCAAGUAUCACGGCGGCAAGAUGAUGACCGAGCCUAACGAUCUUAAGGUGUACGUUCUAUGGUACGGCCGCUGGAGCAAGAAGCAGAAGCGCAUCAUCCGCCGCUUCCUCGUGUCCCUGGACCGCUCCAAGAAUAACUACCAGAAGUUCCCGACCGUGGUUGGGUGGUGGGCCAUUAACGUGCGGUACUACACGAACGGCAAGAACCAGCGCGCGACGCCGUACGUGAAGCUGUCGAAGGAGAUUAACGCCAAGUACAAGCUCGCGCCGCUCGGCACCGUGCUGAACCCGCUCACGCACGACAACGUGCGCGCGCUCCUGGCGAGCGCGUUCGACACGUCGCAGAAGAAUUACUUCCCCAUGGACACGAACGCCGCGUACCUCGUGCUCACCAGCCCGGACGUGUACGUCACUGACUUCUGCAAGGGCCUCUGCGCCUACCACACCAGCGCCACCUUCAACGGCACCCAGCUCGCGUACGCGUUUGUGGGCAACCCAUCUAAGCAGUGCCCGCAGUACUGUACGUACCAGUACUUCGAUCCGACGUUUAGCGGCGUGAACGGCGACCUGGGCGCGGACUCGGUUGUGGAUAAGAUCGGGCACGAGCUGUCGGAGCUCGCGACGAACCCCUUUCACGGCCGCAACGACAAACCCGGGUGGGUCGUCGCGAAGUCCCAGAUCGAGAACGCUGACCUGUGCGAGUGGAGGUACGGCCCGACUAACUACGAGGAGGGCGGCAAGGUGUGGAACGUGAGGGGCUUCAACGGCACCAAGUUCCUCGUGCAGAUGAACUUCAACGUCCGCAAGCGCGAGUGCGCGCUCCAAGGCGACGGCACCGUGCAGGCCGGCAUCCUGCCUUCCCCUACGUAA